ACUAGUUUUUUGUCUGUUUAACAGGUUGAUGCUGCAGGAAAGGCAGAUGUUGAUAAGGCUGUUGCAUCAGCUAAGAAGGCUUUCUAUGAAGGGCCCUGGGGCAGCAUGAAUGCCAGAGACAGAGCAACACUUAUUUUCAAGUUAGCUGACCUGAUGGAUGAGCAUAAAGAAGAGCUGGCCACUAUUGAGACUAUUGACUCUGGCGCCGUGUACACCCUUGCUUUGAAGACCCACGUAGGCAUGAGCAUUGACACUUGGCGCUACUUUGCAGGCUGGUGUGACAAGAUUCAAGGAAAAACCAUCCCUAUCAAUAAUGCUCGUCCCAACCGCAACCUCACCAUUACAAAGAGGGAGCCAAUUGGUGUAUGUGGUCUAGUAACACCAUGGAACUACCCUCUGAUGAUGUUGUCUUGGAAGAUGGCGGCCUGUCUUGCUGCUGGAAACACUGUGGUCAUCAAACCUGCCCAGGUCUCCCCACUUACCGCUCUCAAGUUUGCUGAACUUUCUGCCAGAGCUGGUAUUCCACCUGGAGUCAUCAAUGUUCUUCCUGGAACUGGUAAAGUUGUCUGAUCUGUGUAAUGAAUAUAU